CUCUUCUAAAAAGUAAAAACUAUCCAUUUCUUCCCCUCGACAUAUUCCUUUUCCCUUUUUCACAAAAUCUUUCCAUUUGAUUCCCCUUUUUUAUCAAGUUCCCGUCUGUUCUAGUUUCUACCUUUGAAUUUGACUGCAAAUUUCUGGGACCAAAUUGGGUGUUUCUCCCCGUGAGAAGAUUAGGAUGGGUUUAAUGGAUUCCCAGGUUUUAGUCGCCCUUGGUCUUUCACUUGUGGGUGGUUUGAGUACCUCAAUCGGAGCACUUUUAGUUGUCCUUAACCAGGCUCCGAACCUUAAGAUGCUUGGGCUUUUACAGGGUUUUGCUGCUGGCCUUAUGUUGAGCAUAUCUUUCAUGGACUUGGCUCAUAAUGCCAUAAAUUCUAUUGGCUUCUUAAAAGGAAAUCUCUGGUUCUUUGCAGGUGUGAUUUUCUUUGCCAUUGUCGCUAAUUUCAUCCCUGAACCAACUCUUGCACCCAUUUCAGAUUCAAAGAGAAACAAGAAAAAUGGGGAUGAAGGUGGUAAGGACAUCAUGAAAAAACAUCGUCGCCAAGUCUUGUUCAGUGGAAUCAUCACUGCUGUAGGCAGAUAUGCUCGCUCUUGGUUGUGCCCAAGAGUCUUGGUAUUUGUUGCUGAUGGUGGUGAGACAGCUGUAGUCGUAUCUUUGUUUGAUGAAAAUCAAGAGAGUGCUGCACUGGGUCUUCGUGUUGGUCUGAACUUGGCAUUGGCUAUUGCUUUGCACAACAUACCUGAGGGUGUAGCUGUUGCACUUCCUGUUUAUUUUGCCACACAAAGCAAAUGGCAGGCAUUCAAGUUGGCUACACUUUCCGGUUUUGCCGAGCCCCUCGGUGUAAUUAUUGUAGCUUACUUAUUCCCGAGCAGCUUGAAUCCUGAAAUUCUAGAGGGCCUUCUUGGAUCAGUUGGUGGAGUAAUGGCUUUUCUGACCUUGCAUGAAAUGUUACCACUGGCAUUUGAUUACGCCGGACAAAAGCAAGCAGUAAAAGCUGUAUUUGUCGGCAUGGCUUUCAUGUCUGCUAGCCUAUAUUUCCUUGAGAUCAGCUUGCCAGCAGAUUUGAGCUUGUAAUCGAUGCACCCAUCAUCACGUACCAUGGAUACUAUAAAUUGGUCUCUCCUAAAUCCUAAUCAAUUAUGCUACAUCUACUGUUACUAUGCGCAUUUUAAAUUGUAUUUGUACGGUAGUUAUAAUUUUAUAUCAGGAUGAGGAUGAGAAUUUCAGAUCACAGAUUCACAUGCUUAGAAGAAAGACUUGAGAAAAAUAUUUGGUAAUUUGAUACUUCCCUUUACAUUAUCUCACACAAUUACUUUAAAUAUAAAUAUAAAGAGAAUAAAAGAAUAAAGAAAUUAAAAUUUAGAAAUUCUCGGCAAAGACGGG